UUCUUUCUUGAUAUGUGAAUGACAUUUAGAUGCUUCAUAUACACGGAAGAUUUAUUUAAAUCAUCAGAAAUUGAUUCCAAGCAAGCUACAGGAUGACUGAUCAAGCUCGUUGGAAAGCUACCGUUUAUGUUGGUGGCCUAUCACACAUGGUAACAACCGCAAAUCUCGAAGCCGCAUUUUUACCUUUUGGAGAAAUAGCAGAUGUCUCUAUCCCGUAAGUCUCAUACCUCAGAUCUCGACUCUCAUACUAAUCUAUUUUCUUAGUAAAGCAGAAGGACCCAACUCAACAGAGCCACAUCGAGGUUUUGGAUAUGUAGAGUUUGAGGAUCCAGAAGAUACCAAAGAUGCUAUCGACAACAUGGACCAAUCUGAACUUUUUGGCAAGGUGAUCAAAGUUAAUGCGGCUAAGCCUCCAAAGAAUGCGAACGAGGGAUUGGGAAGCAAAACGGCUUUGUGGGAACAGGUAAGGAUUCACGUCAUCCUUUUCUGUGAUGGGUGACAUCAUCCAUGACAAGGUACUAAUUUUGAUUUAGGAGGGAUGGUUAGCAGAGAAUGCUGUGAGCGAGGAGGACAAACAGGCAGCUGAAAUAGCAAGAGCCGGAAUUCAUGAUAGACCUGAUGAUCCUAUGCAAGGUCUAGAAGGGUUGGAUGUAGCGGGACCGAAGCUAGCUUAAAGGAAAGCUGUGUUCAUAGGAUAGGGAUAUGAAAUGUGUCACUAAGGAGUUUUUUGGGGGUAAAGCAAAAGGAGUUCA